CGCAUUCAACGAACUUGACGUCUCAGUCUCCGCCCAACUCGCGGUUAAAUCGAUUGAUUCUCCUGUUCGCUUAUUUCAAAGCAGUCUACUUUCUCAACAACAAUGAAGCAUCUCGCCGCUUACCUUCUCCUUAGCCUCGGUGGCAACGAGUCGCCUUCCGCCAGCGAUAUCAAGGGCGUUCUCUCCUCUGUCGGUAUCGAUGCUGAUGAGGAGCGUCUAGAGAAGCUCAUUUCCGAGCUCAAAGGAAAGGACCUUCAGGAGUUGAUCGCUGAAGGUACCACCAAACUCGCUUCCGUUCCCUCCGGUGGUGCCGCUGCUGCUCCUGCUGCUGGCGCUGGUGGUGCUGCUGCUGGUGAGGCUGCCCCAGCUGCUGAGGAGGAGAAAAAGGAGGAAGAGGAGGAGUCCGAUGAGGACAUGGGCUUCGGUCUCUUCGACUAAACGACGAGCGCCUCCUUAUGAAAAUAAAAAAAGGACGUUAGAGACGGUCGCCGCCAGAUAUGCUUUGAUAUUCGAUGGCGCGUGGACGAGAACUUUGUUUUCUACACUGACGACGACAACGUAUGAAAUCUGGGAAUUCUUUUUAAGUAUUGAUGGGAUCGCCAAAUUUGGUCAUGCGGUCAAAGAGUUUCCAACAUUGAGUUGCUAUUCUACCAUACGAUGUACGCUUAGGUUUUGAGAUUCCCUAAGAGAAUGAAAUCAAGGGCCGUAUCUCUAGCAAUCUCCCGGUCCACUAGUGAUUCCGACGAAAUCGUCGACUUUCCGGAAUCUUUAAAUUCAGUGCGAAGUAUGCAUAGGCCCGUACAUUUAGUUUUCGGGCGCUAUGCAACGUUCUCUAUUGAUAUAUACUUCUAGCUCUUGCUGUAAUGAAUUCGCUGGUCGUCCUUG